AUGAGACUCCUGGGCUUCCUCCUCCUGGCCCACCGGGCGCUGGCCGACGUGGCCUUCCUGGCGCCCUCCGCACCCACGGCGCGAGCGCCGAGCGGUCUCAUUCCUUCAGUCAUUCGCGAUGCGGAGCUGCCCGUGCCGCCCAAGCAGGCUGCCUCAACAGGCAUGAGCACGGCACUGCUGCUUGGUGCCUCUGCCGUGGCUUUGGCUCUGGCACGUCGCCGAGCCAACCUGUCUAGACGGGUCUGGACCUACCAGCCCAUCGAGGAGAAGAUCUGCCCGGGCUUGGGUAAGGAGGCGGCGUCUGGACCCCUUUGGCGCCAGUACAUGAAUCUGCGCCGACAGUCCAAAUCACCAUACGGCCGAAAGGUCAAGUAUCUCAAGCAGCAGCGAAUUCUCCGCGACCACAAUGUCUGGUGGGCAACGUACGGCAAGUGGAACGUGUGGAACCCCAACCCGGGCAUCAAGAGCAACUACACGGGUCCAGACUCGCAUCCGGACAAUCCAGACUUCCCUGCGCCCAACAGCGGGCUGCAGGCCUUUGGCAGCGUCUCUGUCGCUUCUUUGAGCACUCGCAGCUCCUUUGUGGCCGGCAGGGUGCCAACGAUGGGCUCUGCCAAGCGAGCAGUCCUUUCGGCUUCCCGAGCUCGGUCCGGGCUGGUGAUGAAGGCCCACAAGAAGGCAGCUGCAAGUACCAAGAACCAGGGCAACACACGCAAUCCUCAUCACUGGGGCGUCAAGGCAUUGAGUGGCAAGGCUGUGAAGUGCCGCCAGCGGCUUGUGAAGCAGCGCGCCAUGAACUGGUACCCUGGGAACAAUGUGAAGAUGUGCAAGGACAUGUCGCUGAUUGCCCUGAAAGACGGCAUCGUGCAGUGGCGUGGCGACUACCGUCACAAGGAGGUCAGCGUUGUGCCCUGGGAGUAUGUGACGAACAAGUGCCGAUGGUCUACCUCGAGCACUCUGGCACCCCAGAAGUACGAGCCCUGGAUGGGCACCAACUUCGAUCGUUACAGCGACAAGUGGCCCAUCCGACAGAUGUUUGAAGAGUGGAAGGAGACAGAGGAGGGAAAGGCUUGGAUCGCCAAGAAAGAGGAAAAGAAGGCCCGACAACAGCGCGAGCCCGCAAGCGUGUGCCAGACAAGCCUGCUUCAUCUCUUUCGUUCCGGGACGUGGUCUGUUAAAUGUGCUGCUCCGCCUAAAUCGGUUGGUCAGCUUAAGCUGUUUAUGGUCUCAGGUACGGUUCAAACUCUAGUAUCAGCACGGUUUUUCAAUUUGCUGAUGGUAGCACGUGGCUGUGUGCAGUGGCGAUGCUCACUGCGCGUGCGGGUGCGAGGCCAAGCAGAAAGAGAUCCAGAAGAAAAUUCGGUGCCCCUGCUGAGAUUGGAGCAGGGUGAAGGUUUUUUGGUUUCGCCGGGAGGAUCCGGGAGGUACGGACACAAGUGA